UUUACAACGGAAGAGAGUCACGGAGACAAUCCCCCGUCAAUGGGCUGCCCGUGCUGGGAUUCCACGUAGAAGAUGGGCGAUCGACGGGUCCCCGUUUCCACCCGCAAAUGCUCUGUGGACACAUCAGCAUUACCUCUGAUCAUCUUCGUUCUUUCCCAGCUUUAUGGCUGGGGGGAGGCCCGAUCCCUGCCCCCGCCCGACCCUCCAGGACCGUAUCACCUGUCCUCUGGAGAUGUGGACUGGUACAACAACAGGAGGAGAGCUAAAUUUCUGGUUCCUCCUUCCAGGCUGCCUCUCGCAAAUACUCCUACACAGGAUUCUGAAUCACUUCCGGCAGCAGUAAAAUUAACUUCAACAAAUGAUGCCAUCCGCUUUGAAUUUGUUAAAACUCCUGAAGAAGUUCUGGAAAAGAAAAACUUGAAACCACCUUCCCCACAGGACACCCUAAAGACUAACAUUUUGGCCUGCUUGGUAGCCACAGGAUUCCUGCUGAUCAUAGUGAUGGUUUUCCAAAUUCUGAUUUUUUGUUACAUCAACAAACCGAUGAGAUGCCACACAUCUAGAAUUUGCAAAGGCAAUCAGUUGAAUUCAGAUUGUGAAAGUGGAGCAGAAAAACAGAUGGAGGCUAAUGCCAGCUCAAACAUGGGAGACAUUCCCCUGAAAGACUCCACACCACCUGCUUCUCCUACACAAUCGAGCGUCGCCUAUGGAGAAGCCCAAUACUCUCCUUGUGGCACAAGCUCUGGUGAAACCCCCGCAACAAGUCCUCGACCCCAGUCAGUUUAUGACUCCUCGCCUGGCAGCUGCAUCAGUGUGCUGGAACCUGGCGAUCUUGGAGACCAGCAGGGGGAAAGUGGCGCAGACAAAGGCAGACGGGUGGAAGAUGGAGAUUCCCCAUCUUGGAAAACAGGGCAGGGUAUUUCUGAGUAGGAAAAUUAAAGGAACGUUUCUCCCAGCUGCUCACCAUCAUCUGCCGAAGCAGCCGAGUUCGACACAUCACAAUGGAGAGGAGCACAAACCACCUAGAAAAUGCUAUCACGUACCUUGUCUUUCACCUCUUCCUUCCUCUUCCAGCCAGGAGGGCUGAUCGGGCUGUUUGACCUAAUUGUAGAUAUGAACCUCCUCCCAGUCAUUUUAUCCCCCUGUCCCAGGGAUGUGUGGACAUUUCUUGGAUGUCUGUCCCUGUGACUUGGCUGAGGAGAAAGGCUUUUCUCCAACCAGAAGGCCCCAGGCUUACCUUCCUUGUCAAGAGCUCUUUUAAAAAUAAAAACAAAAAGUUUUUCUACGAUA